UUUCUAUUCAUCUAAUUAACAAAUCGCAGACUCACCUCCUCAUUUCCACUUUCCGGAGCGGCGGACCGACGGAGAUAUGUAUCGAACGGCGGCGAAGCGUCUGAUAAUCGGCGUAACCUCCGGCAGAAACAGCAUUUCCCGUCUCAGAUUGCGUCCGUUUCCCACAUUCGUUGACCAUUGUCUCUUCUCCACAGCUACCAAUUCGCAAGAAUUUGCCGAUUCUCAAAUCCCCAAUCAACAGCAUAUUCGUCGAGAAACCCCUAUUUACUCGGAUUCUGCAUCUUCUUCGUCGUCUUCGUCUUCUUCUUGGUCCGCAUCAACUGCGGGAGAAGAAAGUAGAAGCCAUGAGAGUCGGAGACCGAGAGUCGAGUAUCAAGAAGAGCAAGCUCGCGUCCUUCAGGCCUCUCUUUCCCACGUGGUGAAGCUGGGAUGGACUGAAGCCGCAAUGAUUGCUGGUGCAAGGGAUGUUGGCAUCUCACCUUCAAUUGUUGGAUCCUUUGCGAGGAAGGAAGCAGAGUUGGUUGAGUUUUUCAUGGACGACUGCUUACAGCAGCUUAUCGAUCUAAUUGACUCAGAAGAGUGCCUUAAGAAUUUGAUACCUCGUGAAUGCAUUUACAAGCUUGUUAGGGCUCGCCUAGAAAUGCAAGCUCCCUUCAUAUCAAAAUGGCCUCAGGCUCUUAGUAUCCAGGCACAACCAGGAAAUUUAUCAACUAGCUUCAAACAACGGGCAACGCUUGUUGAUGAGAUCUGGCAUGCUGCUGGCAGUGAUACUUCUGACAAUGAUUGGUACGUCAAGCGUACUAUUCUGGGAGGAAUAUACUCAACCACUGAGAUAUACAUGCUCAGUGAUAGCUCUCCAGAUUUUCAAGAUACAUGGGCUUUCCUGGACAAUCGUUUAAAAGAUGCUUUUGAUUUAAAGAAAACUGUUCAAGAGGCAAAGUAUCUGGCAGAAGCUGUUGGUGCUGGAAUGGGGAACUCUUUUCAGGGACUUUUUAGAAAAGUUUUCCAAGCAUAGAUAUUGGACUGCAACUUUUAAGUUUCUAAAGUGAGGAGUCGGCACCGUGCCUUUCAUUAUAGCUUCAGGAGGUGUGACCAGAAGUAGAAGUUGAUGAAGGUGAACAGAGUUUUGAACUGUAAGCUCUAAUCAUUAGAACUUUGAUAUCACUAUGUUUUUUUCAGAAAUCAUCAGUUUCUAUUCUCAGUUCUUGUUACCAACAAGGGAUGGUAUUCUGGUACCCAUUAUUAUCAUGACUAUGAUUUUUUGUGUUACAUGCAUAAUGUUAACAUUUUCUCUAUAACCUAUGUAAGAUAUACAAAGUUUGGAUAAGGCUAUGGAAGAAAAAUGAUUCACUUCCUUAUGUGAUAUGGAGGUACAGAAUGAAUUUGAUGUUCAAUUUUUCUGUAUUAUUAGUAGGCAAAGAUGGCAUGCAAAUGACCAGGAUAUGCUCA